AUGAUAAAUAUAAAUAUUGGAGUACUAGGUCAUGUAGAUUCAGGAAAAACAAGUUUGUGUAGAUGUUUAAGUGAAAUAUUAAGCACCUGUGCAUUAGAUAAGCAUAAACAAAGUAAAGAAAGAGGAAUAACAAUAGAUUUAGGUUUUUCUUCUUUUUAUAUAAAAAAGAAAAUUAGUAAUGCUUCCAUUAAUAGUAAUGAAGAAGAAGAUUCUUUAAAAUAUAAUUGUAAAAAUAAAAGUAUAAAUAUUGAUACAAAUAAAAAUUUUCAAAAUGAAGAAAUUAUUCAAAUAUGUUUAGUUGAUUGUCCUGGACAUCAUUCUUUAUUGAAAUGUAUUGUGAUGGGAGCAGAAAUAACAGAUAUGAUUUUUUUAGUUAUUGAUGUUAAUAAAGGAAUACAAAAACAAACGAUUGAAUGCUUAGUAUUAUGCGAAAUUGUCAAAAGUGAUAUAAUUAUAAUUUUAAACAAGAUUGAUUUAAUACCAAUAAAUGUGAGAGAAAAAAAAAUAAGUUUAAUGAAAAAGAAAAUUUUAGAUGCAUUAAGUAAAACUAAUAUAAGAAAUUUAAAUUAUUAUAUAAUAAGUGUAGCAGCAGAAAUUAAGAAAAAUGAAAAUAUAAAUUAUGAAAAUAAUAGUUUGUAUGAUGAAAAAAAAGAAGAUUCAACAAUUGAGGAAAAAAAUAUGGAAUCUUUUAAAAGGGAAAUUAUAUUUUCAAAGUGUGAAAACGAUACAACAAAAUGUAUGGAUGAUAAUUUAAAUAAAAAUAUAGACUGUUCAAGCAUAGAAAAAAAGAAAAGUUAUUCAUAUGAAAAUGAAGAUAUAACUAUUUUAAAAGAAGAAAUAAAUAAAAAAACAAACAAAGAGAAUGAUGAAAAAUUAUCGAAAUGCAAAAGAAGCUUAAAUAUAAAUUUAUUGAUAAAUUUACUAACAGAUGUAUUAAAAAUACCAUCAAGAGAUAUUUCAAGUUAUGAAGAAUUUUAUUUUUUAUAUGAUCAUUCUUUUGAAAUAAAAGGUAAAGGUACAGUUUAUACAGGAACAGUUAUAAAAGGUAUGAUUAAAAAUAAUUGCAACAUUAUGAUCUUACCAAUAAAUGAGAAAGGAAAAGUUAAAGAAAUUCAAAGUUUUAAAAAAAAAGUAGAUGAAGGAAAAAAGGGGAAUAGAUUAUCUCUUUUAAUAUCCAAUAAUAAUUUAAAAAAUACGAAAAAAAUUGAACGAGGAAUUAUUGUUCAUGAACAUUCUAAGAUAUCAUAUUUUUCUAUAUUUAUAUGUAGCGUAAAGCUAGUAGAGUUCUACAAAAAAAACAUCAACAAUGGAGAAUUGCUAACAUGUAUAAUUGGUUUUUCUUCUUCUCUUUGUUAUGGAUAUUUUUUUAAAAAAAUUGAAAACACAUAUUCCAAUGUAAAGCAAUUAAAUAAUUCCACUGUUUCAGUAAAGAGUGAAUUAAAUGAAACAAAUGUGGAUUGUAAAAAUAAAAAUUUUGAUAUAAAUGGUAAUUAUUUAUUAAUUAAUGAGAUAGAUUUUUUAGAACAGAACAAUGAAAAAGAACAAGAAAUAUAUUUUUUAGUAAUAAUGAAAAAGAAAAUUUAUUGUUUUAAAAAUGAAAAGUGUAUAUUUUUAAAAAAUGAUGAUAAUCUCAAUUGUAGAAUAUGUUUAUAUGGAAAUAUUUUAGAUAUAGUUGAUGAUAAUCACUGUAAAAGUAAUUCUUUUAGUGUUAAUAAAAAACCAGAUUUUAAUGAAUAUGAAAAUUAUAAAAAUUUCAAAAUUAUGAAAGAAAAAGAAAAAAUUGGAUUGAUAGAAAAAGUACUUGAUAAUUAUACUUUAAUAUGCAAAAAUAUAUUUAAUUCAUCUAGUCAAGUAAGUGUAUAUUUAAAUAAAAAAAUUUAUAUAGUAGAUUCGAGUUAUCAGACAAAUAAAAAUGAAUUAAAGAUCCUACAUGUUGGUCAUAUAAUGAAGCCAUUUGCAAAAAAUGGAAAGUUCGUAAUUCAAUUAGAUGAUGAUAUUUCUUAUCUUAAGAACAAUUAUAAAUCAUUUAUUGUUUUAAUAAAAUAUUAUAAAGAUAUAUUUACAAAAAAAAAAAUUUUUUUUUGA